UCGACCCAGUUUGAAAGUGAAGCAACUGCUCCAGUCUCCGCCACCAAACAUCAACAACAGCCCGAACCCAACACCCGAACCCGGCCAUCAGCUCCAACCUGCACCGGCCUCAUCACGAAGGCCGCCAAUAUGAUGCGUAAAGACGUCAACAAGCCGAAGGGGAAGACGUCAGCGUACGCCUUCUUCGUCCAGACGUGUCGAGAGGAACACCGGAAGAAACACCCUGAACAGUCCGUCAACUUCGCUGAGUUCUCCAAGAAAUGCUCCGAGAGAUGGAAGGGUCUGACUCCCAGUGAUAAGAAGUGUUUCGAGGACAUGGCGAAGGCCGACAAGGUGCGUUACAACCGAGAGAUGAGGGACUACGUUCCCCCCAAGGGCUUCGGAAAGAGGGGCCGCAAAAGGAAAGAUCCCAACGCUCCCAAGAGACCACCGUCUGCGUUCUUCGUGUUCUGCAGUGAGUACCGUCCCAGUGUGAAGCAGCAGUAUCCGGGUCUUUCUAUAGGAGACUGUGCUAAGAAGCUGGGAGAGAUGUGGAGCAAACUGACUCAGUCUGAGAAGCUGCCCUACGAAGAGAAGGCCCAGAAACUACGAGAGAAAUACGACCGGGACAUGGUGGCGUACCGCGGCGGCGGCACCACCUACGCCAGGAAUCCCGGCUCUUCAGCUCAGGGAGGAGAGGAAGAGGAUGAUGAUGAGGGAGAGGAUGAAGAUGAGGAAGACGACGAUGACGAGUAGACGCCACGAGCUGCAGCUGAGAGAGAGAGAGACGUGUGUGUGUGUUUCAGAGUGAAGGUGAAGCUCUGCUUGCUGCUCAUUGGCUGACAGGAUGAGUUUAAACUGCCAGGUGAGGGCGGAGCUAAUCAGGAGCAGCUGUUUUCUGUUACCAUGGUAACAGAUGAUGCUGCUGAUAGGAGAAACAGGAAACAGUGUUACGCCCCCUUCAGGACGUUUAGUGUCAUGUCACAUGAUCACACUUCAUACUAAACACACUGAACAUUAUAUAACAUACAGUAUAUAUAAAGUUCAUUAUAUACUGUAUGUUAUAUAACGUUAUAUAACAUAUGUACAGUAUAAACUGUACAAUAAAUAACAUUAUAUACUGAACAUUAUCUAACAUACAGUAUAUAAGGUACAGUAAAUGUUAUGUUCAGUAUAUAACGUUAUAUAAUACUGUACAUAACAGUAUAUAAUGUUUUAUAACACACUGAACAGUAUAUAAUGUACAUUGUGCUAUUAGAGCAGCUCUGGUUGAAGCAGUGAUUUAUGACUCAGUCCUCAGUGUUUAAUGAGCAGCAGACAGACUGAGGAAGAUGAUGAUGAUGAUGUCACUUCUCUGGACUCACCUGAUCAGUCACCUGACAGACAGGUCGCUCUAAAACACGCACACCCAGGAUGUGUGUGUGUGUGUGUAUGUGUGUGUUUCAGAAACUGUGAGUGUGAGUUGUGCGAGUACUCUGUGUGUGUGUUGCCUUUCAGUAACGUGUGUUUGUGUGUGUGUGUGUGUGUGUGUGAGAGAGUGUGUGUGAGAGUGUGUGUGUGUGUUGGUCAUCAGAUGUUAAACUGUCCGACACCAGAGGACAGUAGAAUAACCCCCCCCUCCACCACCUCACUGUUACCAUGGUUACCCCUGCACCAUCCCCUCCCCAUGCCCAACAUCACCCCUGUGUGUUACCAUGGAAACCCCUGACUCCUCUUCCUGCCCUUCAUCAUCAUCAUCAUCAUGUUGUUUUUUAUUUUCUUACUGGAGGUUUAUUGGAGUUUUUUUGGUUCCUUGUUCACUGUCAGAGUAGAAACUUCAACUUUUAUAAUAAAACAACCAACUGAGGAAAAACACA